CCCGGUCUUUACCGCCGCAACAACGUCCCCCACUGGCAGCGCAUGCACCAGACCCACGACGGUCUCCGUCAGUGGCAGAAGGGCCCUCGCGCCAAGUUCAUGCUCUACCCCUACUACGCUCUGCUGGCCUCGACCUCGGCUGCUACCAUGUACAUGAUGGGCAGAAUGGUCCUCGGACACAAGACUUGGUUC